UGAUGUUUGAAGUAUGUGUCUUCAACUUCACAUCCACGUUUUCCACUCAAUACUUUGAUAUCCCAAACCGGUGGAAAGGCCAUCACAACUUGUAAUAGUUGACACUAGUAGACAUUUUUUCAGACUGUGAAUAGAAGGGCACAUGGAAGGACAAGGGGAUGGCUGGCACAAUGGUCCGAGUAGUUACCACAUUCCGCUGAUAAUAGGAAAUCGACCACCAAACGAUGAACCUAACAUGGAAUACAUUGUCGUCCUCGAUUUUAUCGUAAACCAGGAGAUCAUCUUCAUAAAUGAGGGUGAACUGUGGCCAGACAACGACAUCGACAUGCACAUGCACAUCGGUGAGAAUGAAGAAAGCGUUCCAAUUAUCAUUGACAAUGACCACGAAUUGGAUGCUGCUGUCGGAGCGGAAGUGGAGAUCGGAGUCAAUCGAGGAGUGGAGGAAGAAGAAGAAACCCCCCUGCAGGAAUCCUCGAAGAAUAACGAUGACGAGGAAGGUAGUUUCCGCUGGUGGGAUGAGUUUGAUGGCAACAGUUCCGACAGCAACGCUGAGCUCGAGGUCGUCGAAGGCUCGACAAAGUUACAAACGCAGGCUAACUUGUACCUCAUGAGUUUAAGUGGCCAUCUUGCAGGUCACAGUUCGGGAAUCUUAGUUGUCACAGAGGGAGGGAUGCCUUCCAAGGAGGGAGAUGGUUUCUGGGAACACAGGGCAGAGGAAGACCUUCUACCAUCACAGUCCACAGAGAGGUUGAGAGAAGGCCACGAGGAAGGAAGCAGUAGCGUGAUGUACUAAUUGGAAAGAUGGGAUUAAAUUAAUCGCAAAGUUUAUUGGACUGUAAAACUGUGAGAAUCAUUCAUUUUAAUCUAACGUCCAUGUCCACUGUAUGUGUUUACACCAUAUCAAUGAA